AUGAUAAUGGCCGGCCGUCGGGUGUUUGCCCUGCAUCCGUUUGCGGCUGUUUUCAGUCCAGGGGACCUGGUGGCGGGGAGGCUCCUCAAGUCGUACUACUGGUUGCGGGUGCCAGGGAUGACGCUGGGGACCGUCCGUCUUGCUUGCUUUUUGCCGUGUGCAGCUAUAAACAGUGUCCGCAUUGGCCUCGUCUGUCAUACCAAGCAGACACUCUUUUCUGUGCUUCCACGUUCGCCUGGUUUCGCAUUGGUAGGGCGAGUAGAUGAACUGGCUGCGAUUUUGCCUGCCCUUUCGUCAGGUCGGAUGCUUCUCCAUGUCAGUUCUACGAUUUGUCCUCCGGUGAAGGAAAUAGAUAUGAACGCCGGCUCCACUCCCGGCUCCAAAUACGACCUAGUGGUUAUCGUCAAGACGGCAGUUUACAACUUUCACAAUCGUCAAACAUUCCGCAGUCUGUACGCUUCUAUUAACAACUUCAGUGCACCUACUAGACAUCCCUUCCGAAUAGGCAUCGUAUUUUCCGUUGGUCUACCAAGAAGAUCCGGUAAUCGAACAUUCGAGCGUGAUGGAUUUAAUGUGACCCUGCCCGAUCGAGCUGGAGAGGUGCUCAAAGACAUCGAACACACUCAUCCUCUCAUUAUUCGGCGUCUACAGGAAGAGAUAUUGCAGUAUAAUGAUCUCCUAGUAGGCGACUAUGAAGACACAUAUUACAACCUUACAACCAAAAUGAUGACUGCUUUCCAAUGGGCUGCCAGGUUUUGCCGAAACGAACGACCCGGCUUCCUCUUCUUGGACGACGACUACGGCUUCCACCCGACAAAUCUACGUCGCUUUCUUGCGCGCCUAGGAGCAGACUGGCGAGAGCGCAUGGUCGUCGGUCUAGAAUUUAACAAACCUCCGACUGUCCGCUACGGCAACGAUGCCAGAACUGACAAAUGGGCGCUCUCAAAGCGUGAGAUGCCCUGGCCCCGCCUUCCACCAUACAGUUCUGGUCGCUUCUACUUCCUGGGUUAUGAACAGUUGGAGAAGCUGGCCAUCACUAUGCUCUUCACUCGCCCUAUCCCUAUUGACGACGUCUGGUUGGGCCUGGUUAUGACGAAGUUGGAUAUGCGCUUCCAG